GUAAAAAACACAUCCAUGCUCGUACAAAUCACCUCCUGCUGCCUCUGUCAGAGCUCAUCACACGUCCAUGCACACUGUACAUUAACUGUAUUUUGAUGCAAGCAUAGUCAGUCAGACUAAUGUGAGGUUACCAUCCUAGAAAAAAAGCAGCAAAAAGUAAUGUUGCAAAAGAGGACAUAUCCUUCUGGAACAAAGAAAAGAAACAAGAAGAAAACAGAAAAUGAGACAAAACAGCAAGACAAAGCACAGUCACUGUGUUCACUUCCUCUAAGUCGGAGAAAGAAAGAGAGAGAGGCACAGGGGAGAGGCAAGAGAAGCCAUUUCCUUAUCAACAUCAGGUCGAGCGGGUUGUCGUGGCCGAGAAACGUGAGUGAUCUGAAACUGAGGCCCGGCUGACUGACGGGGACCAUUACUGUGGAUUUUCGUGUUUGGAGGGUGGAACUGCUCAUUUUAAAUGGAAAAGGUUUAUAUACAAAACAUCGUAUAUUGAUUUUAGAGGGCAAACUCUUGGAGUUCACUGUUCAAAAUCUCUACAACCUAAAAGAUAUAACACAGGUUAAAAAAAAACCCUUGGAUUUAAGUGACCGACAGUCACUGCACUGGUGUUCACCUCGAUUUGGAGCAAAACUCUUGGUUUGUGAUCAGGAACAUCUUCCACUGGAUAACUCACUGACUCCAUUAAUGUGUAUGUGAGAAAGGGAGAGGCGAGGGGCAGGCAGGAUGAGUUUUGAUCGUGUACCGUCCAGGUCGGAAGUGAUGGGAUGGGGUCCAAAUCACCUGGCAGACUACCUCAGGAAGAUGAACCUGUCUGGCAGUGAUAAAGUCGUCUUGAAGCACUCGAUGAAUGGCUCCAGGUUUGUGAAUAUGAGUGAAAAUGACCUUCAGAAAUUCCCCAAACUUCAUGCUCCUAUGAUCUCUAAGCUCUGCAAUGAGAUCAGUAAGAAGGAAGAGAGGAGAGGCCUGUUUAGUAAAAAACCCACAGUGCCAAAGUAUCCGGAACCAGACGCACCUGUUGAAGACCUUGGCUGGGGGGAGGGCGAAUUUGAGAGCGAUGAUGACUACGAGGAGCCCGAUGACCAGGGGAGCGUGGGAGAUUACGAGUCCCCUACUGAGGACCUGGACGACAGAUUUGGGGUGAAUGACAACGACUAUGAGCCCCCUCCCUCUGAACCUCCUGAGGACCUGUCUCACAAAGUGUACCCCACCCUGCCUAUGGGAGACAGUGACUACAUAGAUAACAGGAGCAGAAACCUGCCCCCUGUGGUUUGCCCCCGUCCUCCAGCCGCCCCGCUCUCUGCCCGGCUGCCAGUGGAGCCCUCCCCUCCAAGACGAGACAAUUCCCCUCACUGCGGCGGAAGGCCCCCAGGAAAAUUUCCUGAACCACCACAGGUCUUCCGUGACAAAAAGCCCAGCAGAGACAGAGGGUCCAACCAGUCUCCAAUACGAGGACGCAACACAGUGGACAGGCCACCCACACACCCUUGGAGGCCCCAGCCAGAGGCCCCAGAACCAUCCAGCUGGGCCAAACUGCCUGCGCCUCCUCCCACCACUUCUGUCAGCAGGAGCAACUCCUCUGCCAGGCCACCUCCUAACAGGUUUGGAGCAGAUUUGAGAAAUGAGACACAUGAUGAAGGAGCUGUCCCACCUGCUAGGCACCACACUUUCCCCCUCCAGAACAAGGGUCUGCCCCCCCGGCCAGGACUCCCUGGACCUCCUGUGCGACAGAGUGACAGUCUACCACCCAGUAUUCCUACUGCUGGUUCUCUGCCACACAAACUGCAGGCUGCCAUCAGUGUUCACAGAAGCAGCUCCAGAGCUGGACCAGACAGACAGUCGGUUCGUCCUGCUGUAGCCUGCAUGCCGCCCACACCCACUGACACACAACACACACAGGACCUUGACCCCCGCUGGUAUGUAGGUAAAGUGACAAGAGGCCAGGCAGAAGGCUGUCUGAAACAAGUCAACAAGGACGGGGCAUACCUGGUGCGGGACAGCACCAGGCAGCUAGCUGAUCAGCCCUUCACACUGAUGGUCUUGUACCAGGACAAAGUCUUCAACAUCCAGAUCCGACAGCAGAACCAGCAGUACCUGCUGGGUACCGGGCUCAAGGUCCAGGAGUGCUUCCCGACAGUAGAAGAAAUCAUCAACCAUUACUCCCACUCUCCUCUGCUGCUCAUCGAUGCCAAGAACCGUGGCUCCGGCCAGCAGAACCAGUGUCUGCUCUCCGACCCUGCCGGCUACUGGCUGGGUGGACAGAACUGGUCCUGACCGGAUCAAAUCACAUCAAACCAGUCAUCAGACAGUGAUCAUCAAACAAUCCCUCCUCUUCAAACUAGAUAUUUAUCUCCAUAUGCAGGAUUACUUAUCACUUAUCCAGAUACCUUUGGACAAAAAAAGUUUUGUCUAUUAUGUCAUACGUGUACUCUAACUUGCUUUACUUUACUUUACUUUACUUUUUCACUCUGGGAUGUUUCUGUUUCAUUGCAUAUGUCAGAUUUUCAGAUUUAGCAUCAGUGUGCACCUGAAUUGUUCUGAUUAAAAUGGCUGUAGUGCUGUGGUGUGUUUACUGAGAGUUUCUUGAGUAUUUUGUAGGUGCAAAGUUGUCAGGAGAAGAGAAAAAAUUUAAUUAGAAAAGCUUCAUCACUUUAUUUGUUGCAUUUUGUUACAUUAGUUUUAUGUUCUUAGGUAGAAUUGUUGCCCCAGAGGCUGCUUAACAAAUACGGCAGUGACUGGCCAUGUGAUGUGAUCAUCAGCUAAAAUACAAUAAUAAAAUAAUAUUGUUAAUAUUAAAAUAUACCCUAUGGGAAGUUGAUCAGGAAGCAGAGUCAUGUGACAACUUGAUGACACUCUAC